AUGCGCGCGUGCGGCAACGGCAACGGCGGCGGCAACGGCCGAUUGCCUGUCGUCGUAGGGCCGAUGCUAGUUGAGGAAUUAGAUGAGAGUAAAUUUCUGCGGUUUGGUCAAGAUCUGUAUCGACUCGUGCAAGAAACAGAUGAUUCACCGAUGCGCUCGACGUUAGGACAUACUCCUCUACAUCGUAUUUGUCGAACGAUCGGACAUCCUGGCUUAGAGGCAAUAAUUUGCCAAGUCAUCGAAUACACUAAGCAGACGUUGCGAGUCGAUGUUCGGGACAAAUGGGGAAAAUCUCUACUUCACUACGCCGCGCAUCUCGAAAACAUCGAACUCGCCGAAUCUCUGCUGAGACGGGGGGCUGAUCCAAAUUUGGCCGACGAAAAGGGUUCGACGCCUUUACACGUGGCUCUGGUCUCCGGCAACAAGACGAUAGUCGAAUUGCUGCUGAAAAAUGGCGCUAACGCGAGUCAGGCCACCAAGGAUGGACGGACUCCUCUGCACCUCGUUAGCAGUCGGAAAAAUCGCGACAUAGGCUUGGCGAAGCUGCUCUUCAAGUACAGCGGCUCGUCCCAGCGGGCGAUGCCAAUCGAUGCUCGAGACGUAUACGAUAACACACCGCUGCACCGGGCUCUGAUGAACGAACACGAGGAAUUGGCCGAAUUACUGCUGAGAAAAGGCGCCGAUGCGAGUUUAGCCAACAAAGACGGGUCGACGCCUCGUCAGAUCAUCGAUCAGAAAGGAUACAAGGUUUUGGCGAAGAUAUUUUUUGGGAUCAAGAAUACGAAACGUCGGCCGGUGAAGAUCCAUGCCCGAGACGAUUGGGGCCGCACGCCCCUGCUCAGGGCUCUGGAAAACAAAGACGAGCAGUUGUCCGAAUGGCUGCUGAGGAGAGGCUCCGACCCAACGGCGACCAACAGAGACGGAUUCACGCCGCUAAUCCUGAUUUGUCGGAACAAGUACAACAGAUUGGCCGAGAUACUUUUCGAAGUCAACGAAGAUAUUCCGCAAACGCUGUUGGUCAAUGUCCAGGACAAGCGGGGCAACACACCUCUGCACCACGCGGCGUUCUCGGGCAACCAGCAGCUGGUCGAGUCGCUGCUGCGAAAAGGGGCAGACCCGAACGCGACCGACGAGUGGGGACUGUCACCGCUGCACGUCCUCAGCGAUCGAGGUACGGCCGAUGACUUGGAGUGGUUUUUCAAAGUCAUCGAAGCGGUUGGACAGACGGUGCAAGUCAACAGCCAGGCCAAGUUGGGCGACACGCCGUUGCUCUUGGCUGUAGACAAGGGCCACAAGAGGCUGGCCGAGUCGCUGCUUAGACGAGGCGCCGAUCCGAAUCUGGCCAACUUGGUGAUCGACGCUCCGGACAGGUUGGGCGAUCCACUGCUGCAAUUGGCCCUCGGUCGUAGCAACAACGUAACGAUCAGCAGCUACGACGAGAGCGAAAAUCAGCCGUCCAAUCGCCGACGUUACAAAUACGUACAACGAUUUCCUUCCUCGAUUAGCGAUGUCCCUACGAAUUCUUUUAGAAGCUCCUCCAAUAAUUGGGGCCUGGAAAUAGACUUGAAGUUUGGCCAUCAGCUACAAGCGACGAAAUCGCCCAACGACUCGCUCGACGAAUACAUGAAACUUCACGACAGAGCCAUUGCUGUCUAUACGGACGGUAGCAAGUGGCGAAGUGCUCCGUACGUAGGCGCGGCGGUCUACGUUCCCAGCGACGACGUCAAGAUCCUGGUUAGCAUGGAAAAUCACCACUCGAGCAUCGAUGCCGAGUGCAAAGCGCUCGAGGUGGCGUUGAGGUAUUGUCAAGGUCAUCGAGAAAACUAUUUCGUGAUAUUCAGCGACUGCAAGCCCGCGUUAUCUAUCUGUGCCAGACGUUUGUACAAGGCUUGCAUCGAACCGAAUUCGCGGAAAGUCAUAAAAUGUGUCUGGAUACCCGCGCAUCAUGGCAUCGAAGGCAACGAGAUCGCCGAUGUGGCGGCGAGGGCCGCCACUUACGCUUAG